AUGCAUCACUGCUGUGGAUUCUGCAGCAAAGAGUUUGGGGGAAGGGGAGGUGUCGCAAAGCAUAUGGCUAUCCACGCUGAAUGUAGAAGAAAAUGGGAGAAGCUGGACAACCCAACAGCAUCAAAAAAUAGGCGGGUGACGAUUGAAGAUGCUGCCGACGAAGAGGAGGACAAGGUAGGGCGAUAUUUUGAGCCAUGUCCUGAUGCCGGCUGGACAUCGCGGGAGGGUCAAACUAUUUUUGAAAAGUAUCAGAAAUAUAAGGAGGGUGAAGGUGAAAAUGAGUGGGCUCCCUUUUGUGAUGCGGAGGAAUGGAAACUUGCUGAAUGGAUUAUUAAAAGCCUCGGGCAGACUCAAACGGAAGAGUUUCUGAAGUUACCAAUAACAAAAAAUCGAACACAACCAUCAUUCCACAACAAUCGUUCGUUCCUUCAGAAGGUUGAUGAGCUGCCACACGGAGCUGCAUGGAGCUGCAAGAAGGUUGGCGUUCAGGGAAAUCGAACAGAUGAGACAGGCCAGCCAAUGCGCGAGGACAUUGAGCUUUGGAUGCGCAAUCCUGUCGAAUGUAUCAAAGAUUUAAUCGGAAAUCCUUUGUUCAAGGACCAUAUGGUAUACGCACCUGCACGAGCAUACACAGACCCCGCAGGACUUCACUGGGUAAUCGAUGAUAUGUGGACUGCAGACUGGUGGGGGAACAAGCAAGUAAAGUUGCCAAAAGGAGCGACCAUAGCGCCCAUCAUUCUUGCGACAGACAAGACAUGUCUGUUGCAGUUCCAGGUGUCAGCACAAGCAACAGUUUUGAUUGGGUACUUGCCUGCAGGAAAGCUUGAUUGCUUUACAUCUGAUGCACGCUCUCUUGCUGGUUAUCGACUUUUUCACCAUUGCAUGUCCCUCCUCCUCCAGCCUCUCAUUUCUGUGGGUCGAAACAGCGUUGAGAUGACUUGUGCAGACUCGUUGAUCCGUCGAGUAUAUCCAAUUCUUGCCACUUAUGUAGCGGACUUUCCAGAACAAUGCCUCGUGGCAUGCUGCAAGGAGAACCGGUGUCCAAAAUGUCUGGUCGCAGGGGAUGAAAGAGGCGAUCCACUGAGUUCGCCGAUGCGUGACCCUCAGUUGAUUAAAGAGGUAUUGGAGAAGUGGAAAAAUGGUCAACAUCUGGCUGAGUUUGAGGACUAUGGACUACGCACCGUCUACAAUCCUUUUUGGGCGGAUCUCCCACACACUGACAUCUUCCUCACCUUUACGCCCGACCUCCUACAUCAACUCCACAAAGGCAUCUUCAAGGACCAUUUGGUCAAAUGGUGUCUUCAUAUCAUUGGCGAAGACGAAUUGGACGCACACUUCAAAGCAAUACCGAAUUAUCCUGGUCUUCGGCACUUCAAAAAAGGAAUCUCAACGGUGAAACAAUGGACAGGCACUGAACACAAAGAAAUGCAGCAUGUUUUCCUCGGGAUACUGGCUGGUGCUGUCCCAAGUCAAGUAUUAGUGAACGCCCUUUCAGUAUUUCACGCCAACAAGAAUAUUUUUCUAGAACUUCAAAUUCGUGAGCACUUCAAUAUCCCAAAGUUACAUCAACUUUCACAUUACGUUCAGUCAAUUUUAUUGUUUGGUACCACCAAUGGAUUCAAUACAGAACUUCCAGAACGACUUCAUAUUGACUUCACGAAGGAAGCUUACCGUGCCAGUAACAAGCGCGACUACGAGGAACAGAUGGCUCAAUGGCUUCAGUGCCAAGAAGCCAUUGUAGGGAUUUAUUUCUGGCUGGGCUGGAAGUUAUCUUUUCACCAGUUACCAGUAGGAGUCAGAUCUGACUCCGACUCUGAGAUUGAGGACUCGCAAACCCAGCCAUGCAGCGCUGUCCCUGCCAAUAUGGCACCAAUGGUCCAUUCUCUUGCGAAGAAACCUGCACACCCUUGGCAGUCCAUUCAGCACCUUGUCACUGCGCAUGGCACAACCAUGUUUCUCCAGGCAUUCAAAUCCUUCCUACAAAAGUACAUCCCGCACAACAAAAUUGUCCCUGGUCCACAAGACCAUUUUGACAUUUUUCAUCAAGUUGUUAUUGUUGCUCCGUCUAAUCCGCAGGUCAACGAUUCUCAAAAGCGGUGGCACAUUCGAGCGACACCUGAAGUGCGCCCCGGUCCUGGUCGGAAACCUGGAGCUCCGGCUCAGUUUGAUAUGGCUUUGAUAAGUGAUGGUAUUCGGACAUCGAGUUUGCGCACAUUAGAUAUGGCUCAAGUUCGUAUCAUAUUCACGUUACCUCGUCAGUUCAGGACUUACUCCCGAACUCUGGCUUACAUUGAAUGGUUCACUCCACUCAGAGAGCCAGACCCCUCUUCUGGCCUGCGUCAGGUGUUGUGUUCGACUCGUCAACUGCAACGAAAUGCAGCUAUCAUACAUGUUGAUGAAAUCGUUCAUCCAUGUCAUCUGAUUCCAAAGAUGGGACGGUCUGUUGACCGCGGGUGGACGAGUGCAAAUGCCUAUGAGUUGGCGAGUGAUUUCUACUUAAAUUCCUAUAUUGACCUUGAUACGUUUUGUGCGGCCACUACGGUUGAUUAA